ACUGCCACUGUCUUGAUAGUACACGCGUGUACUGCCACUGUCUUGAUAGUACACGCGUGUACUGCCACUGUCUUGAAAGUACAUGCGUGUACUGCCACUGUCUUGAUAAUACUUGUGGAUUCAAGCACUGUCUUGUGAGUACAUGCGAGUCCAGAGGACUGCGUCUUGUGAGGCGCUCGUUUAGUCCAAACGGGGACAACAACCACUCCACCACGUGGCCACAGGAGCUGCCCUGGAACUGGACCUCUAAGAACGACGACGGUGGCGGUGCCGGCCGCCCGCUGUUCACAAUGUUUUCCCCAAGAGAAGAGAAGUUGGAAAAGAUGUCGCAGGAGGACAUCAUCGCCAGCGCCAAGUCGGUGGUGCACGGUCUGGACGCGCUCAAGAACGAGCACAACGCCAUCCUCAGCACGCUGCUCGAGACGCUCAAGUGCGUGGAGCGUGACGACGAGAAGAGGGUGGUGUCGGACAAGAGCAGCGUGGUGCAGCGCUCCCUCGACAUGAUCGAGCUGGGGCUCAACGAGGCACAGGUCAUGGUGGCCCUGUCGAAUCAUCUGAACACGAUGGAGGCGGAGAAGCAGAAGCUGCGGGCGCAGGUGCGGCGCCUGUGCCAGGAGAACCAGUGGCUGCGCGACGAGCUGGCCGGCACACAGCUCAAGCUGCAGCGCAGCGAGCAGGCCGUGGCGCAGCUCGAGGAGGAGAAGAAGCACCUGGAGUUCAUGAACCAGAUGCGCAAGUACGACGACGAUCAGGCGGGCGACGAGUCCAACAAGGAGGCGCAGGGAGAAGGAGAGAAGGAUUUGUCCAAGGAGCCUCUUGACGACCUCUUCCCGAACGACAGCCAUGAAGGUGGCCACCAGCCUUCGGGCGGCUACGAGAUCCCAGCGCGGCUCAAGACACUCCACAACCUGGUGAUCCAGUACGCGUCGCAGGGCCGCUACGAGGUGGCCGUGCCGCUCUGCAAGCAGGCGCUCGAGGACCUGGAGAAGACGAGCGGCCACGACCACCCGGACGUGGCCACCAUGCUCAACAUCCUGGCCCUCGUCUACAGAGAUCAGAACAAGUACAAGGAGGCGGGAAACUUGCUGAACGAUGCUUUGGCCAUUCGUGAGAAGACCUUGGGGAAAGAUCACCCAGCGGUGGCGGCGACGCUGAACAACCUGGCCGUGCUCUACGGGAAGCGCGGCAAGUACAAGGAGGCCGAGCCGCUCUGCAAGCGCGCGCUCGAGAUCCGGGAGAAGAUCUUAGGCAAAGACCACCCGGACGUGGCAAAGCAGCUGAACAACCUGGCACUGCUCUGCCAGAACCAGAGCAAGUAUGGGGAGGUGGAGCACUACUACCGGCGGGCCCUCGAAAUCUACACCAAGCAGCUGGGCACCGACAACCCCAACGUGGCCAAGACCAAGAAUAACCUGGCCUCCUGCUACCAGAAGCAGGGGAAGUUCCACGAGGCGGAAGCCCUGUACAAGGACAUCUUGACGCGUGCUCACGAAAAGCAGUUUGGAUCGUUUGAUGGUCCCAACAAGCCCAUCUGGGUGCACGCCGAGGAGCGCGAGUACAACGUGAAGGGAAGCCACAUGGAGCUGGGAAACUGGUACAAGGUCAGCAGAGAAGACAGCCCCACAGUGACGAACACGCUGAAGAACCUGGCGGCGCUCUAUCGGAGGCAAGGCCGGGUGGAGGCUGCGCAAACGCUCGAGCAAUACAUAGCGCGCGGCCACCCACAGGACGGCAACUUGGUGCGCGCGCACGACAGCGGGAGCCAGAUGUCGCUGCAUUCGGUUGACUUCGUCAAGUACGAGAGCGGGCCCGAGGGCGCGGACGACGUUAGCAUCCCGGCGCAAUGGACCGGGGACGGGACGGGAGCGAUGUCGCGGAGCAGCUCGUUUGGGAAGUUGCGCGAGACGAUCGUGCGCAGCAGCGAGAAGCUCGUCAUGAAGCUCAAGGGGCAGGUGGAGGAACCUCGCAACCCCGGAAUGAAACGUGCGAGUUCGCUCAUCACUUUAAAUACCAGCAACAAGACUUGGGAGGAGCCGUAUCAAGCUGGCAGAUCGAACCGCCGCCUGAGCGAGUCUCGUCCCCUGAGCUCCAGCCACGUGGAUCUGGGCCCACACAACGAUUCUGGGCCCCGUUAGCUCAGCCCCCGAACGGCAGCUCACAACCUCGUGACGACAAUGUGGGCUCCUGUUCACUUGCUUUACACGGUACGAUCUCACACACAGGAAGCGUUCCCUGCUUACCUUACUGACGGGGAGGGCCCCCUCUCACUCUCCCAUUCUUCGCCCACCCACCCAUCCAUACUCACCCACUCACAGUCACUCACCCACUCAUCACGCUCACCCACUCGCGCGCACACACACACACGCGUGAUUGUUGAGAAAAAUAUAUAUAGCACAAAACCAAAGUGAAGUUUCGUCAUUAUUGCUGUAAAAAUUAAACAAUCGCGCGUUUAGUCAAAAGUAGCGGGUGUCCCAAAAUUUCACUACCAAUGAUUGCACUAAAUGCAAAACAGGUGAAAUUGUUUAGCCUUACUGAGCUGUGUCGUUGAGUUAAGCGCAGCUGCGAUGAGUUUAGGACGAAUGUCAGCUCCCCCCCCCUCCCCCAGCACCCGCUUCUGUGCUACAAUUUGUGUUUUGCACUUAGUUGGGAGUAGAAUGGGUUGGACGCUUAGAAGCAUUAGCGACGAGCAGCUGUGGCACUGCCGCUUUGACCGUCUUGGCGCGACGCUGGGGCCGGUGAACCGGGCAGUCGACCUCUCAGUGCACGGGUGGGGAACCGUUUCCUUCCCCAGGGUAGAAUACAAGUUUCGGAUGUCUUUGGCGGGCAACUGCAUGGGCAGCGCAGCCACUGCUGCCACUGCCAGGGAGUGUCUUGGAGUGACAAGCUGUGACUUUGAGCGCGGCGCUAAAGUUAGAAACGCAGUGGUUGAUGAUGCCAGGUCGAUAGUUCCCCUCCCGCACCCGACUUGCGCAGGCUGAGAUGCUUGCAGCGAUGGAUAAAUAUUUGUUGGCGGGUCGUUUCGAAGUAGUGUAGGCCUCCUGUGUCCGCGGGGCCGUGUGAAAUGUAGUCGGAGGUCGUAUCUGGCGCCUGGGCUCCGGUUCCUCGCUCCUGUCCCGGCCGUGUGGCGCUCAUCUCAGUCGGCCGCCUCGAAGGGUCAACGAGACAAUCGCUGUCAACACAAAUCGGUGCUCUUUUUUUGAAGCCGAGUCGGAUGAUCGGCUGGGACAAUCCCCGGAGCGAUUGUAACCUCCCCUUCCGAUCCUUAGCCGAUGGAGUUUAUUGGCCGAUCGUAGAUUUUUCGACAAUCCGUUUUCAGAAUAGAUUAUCGGUUCCGUUUGUCACGGCAUCGAUAAUUAAUUCAAGUUCAACGUUGGUGACGAUAGGACCGAUUGGCUCGACACGAACGUUCAAACCGCACGGCACUCAUCAGCGGUACCUCCAACGACAGUCGCCACUAAGUGGCAGUGUCGUCGCCACGGUGCUUUGUGCCAGGCUAGGUGCACAUUAAGUCUCUGUGAAGUGUGGGAGGGUUCGCUGUUGGUAGGAAGUCACGGGACAGACCCAGGUCCCAUGGGUUGACUGAGAUACACACGCAGAGGUUUGACUUUUUUUCAGUUGAUAAGACAUUUUAAUAAUUGCGGCAAUCCGCGAAUGAACUGUUUUUUGCAUGCGGUUAUCGAUAGCGCUUCAGUUAUUAAGUGAACACCCUACGUAGCCUAGCCCUCUGCCACGUUGCCACACACCCCGGGCCGUAUAAGUAGCAUACUCACCGUGCAUUCCAAACGAACCUACGGGCAGAUAUCACGGCAAAGUCCGCGUGUGACUGGGUGGAUUAAUUUAUAUCGGAUGACGUUGCCGGGUGGCUUCAAGGGUCAUAGGCACUGAGCCAGCGUCGCUGUGAACCCUGCUUUUGGAUUUGUUUUUCUUGAAACCAGUUUUUCUUGAAACCAGUUUCUCAAGCGUAGUGAGUUGGUGGUCGCGGAACGGUUCACAAUGAAGAUUUAAAAAUGAGUCCACCAUAAAAUUCCAGAUUUUCCCUGAGUAAUCUCCCUGCUCAAACAAACAUUGGGGCGGUUCUCAUCUCUGUCAGCGAUCGCCCGCUCUCCCAAGCUGCCAGUGGAAAUUCCAUAUUCCUUCGUCGGGGGCCAGUCGUUCCAUAGGACAACCGCUGGUGACGUCCGACAAAGCGGUACGAAUUUUAUCGACCCCCUAGAAUUCACGAGGGCCGGAUAAUACUGAUGGCAAACGACUCUACGUCGAAUUUGAUGUCGAAUUGCGAACUCGUGGUUGCUCGUCCGAGCUCUGCUGCCGUAGUGGCACCCCACAGCUUACGGUCGGGGGGGGGGAGGAGGAUUUUAUUUCUCGGUGGAUUGUUCACACGGUGCUCUAUUUGGUGGAGGUUCUGGUGAAUGGCAAAAAAACGAUGAAAUGUUAAAUACCAUUGCAGUCUCGUACGUGUGGUCCGUGACCUAGGGUAGAAAACUUGGCAGUGUCCCCCAAUUUGAGACCAGGAAUCCAUUGUCCUGGCAAGACCCCCAUGUGGCCAUUGAAAGUGAAAUGAAUAAGCGAUGACCUACUCAAUGGUUACAUAUGCGCGUGGACAACCCAUUUGUCAAUCCAAUGCUGGAUGAGGGCCUCCUCACACUUACGUGGGCCAUAGGGGUUUAUUUAACCCUACUUCGCCAAUGCGGGUCAGUGCGAGUUCGUGAAGGUGGGGAGCAUAGAUGGACCGUAGUAUGGUAUGGUGCAUAGUAUACCGUAGUACAGUACAACAAUAGCACUGCCCUCUGUUGACAACUUAUUUCCGCUGCAACCUACAACAUGUUGCACGCGUGGCGGUGGCGGUCGCCCAUCCACACACAAUCCAGGCUCGAUCCUGCCUAGUUUCCUAGGUCUGAUGAGGUCGGAGACAUUGCAGAUUUUAUUUGGUCACAAGCUUUCGAUGGUUCGUCGAAUAUCAAAUUUCUCGUCGAAAUGGUGUCAGGUGAUUGGUCGGCUGGCUCCGAGGUGAGAGCUGUGAGCUGGCUCCGUUUAAGGUCCUGGGUUCUGAAUCCAGGUUUGGGCCACCUGUGAUUGAACCGGGUUCUCAAGUGCUGAAGAGUUGAUGGUGUCAGCUCAAGUAACCAAUGACCGCGCACGCGGAAAAAAAAAUACCGUUCAAAAUUUAAUUUGGUUCCGCACUUUAAAUUUGUCUAAAUUCCAGCUGUUGAGAAUGUUAACCAUCGGUUUGACCGAUCACGCGGCGAGUGGCAGCGGGUGAUAAAAGUGCCGCCUCCCCGCUACUGCGUAGUUCAGAGGUCACUUGAAUGGAUGUCAGAAUUCUCUCUGCGAAGGUUUCGCGCUGCUCUGCGAGAUUUCUGUUUGACGCGACGCCAACAGCCAGAUUCAGAUACAGUUGUGGCUUGGAGACAAAAGAAUCGUGAUGUUUAAACUGUGCUGUUGCUUAUUCGCAAACAACCACAUCUCUGUUUUUCCACCUUGGUAUGGGUUUGACAAUUCAAAUCUCUGGCCUGCACCCAUGUAAUGCGGUGUAGGCCCCUCCUGCACGCGGGGGGGGGGGGGGGUUGGGUUUCUGGCUCAAAGCGGAAUCCGUCUGCUCAUUUGACUCAGAUUAUACGUCCCCUUGUAGCGUUUGGCUGCUGUCGUAACUACACUACUGUCUGAGGAGUUAAUUUAUUUUUGUAAUGCAACUUUAUUUCGAACACACUGGCUUAAAGCACCCGCUCGAUGAGUGCUCAUUUUUGUGUUGUCGCUGCUUGCAGUUUGAAGUGUCUAAAGACUUCUUCAAAAAGCAACUCGUUUCUCUCACGGCGAUUUUAUUAUUUUGAAUGUGAUCUGACCUGCCGAUAUUUGUGAACACCAAACGGUACGCUAAUACUGUAAUAUGAAUGCUGUUGUGGUUUGGAAUCGUAAUUUAGGGGAGGGGGGAAAUGGCUUUACAGCGGAAAGUACACUCUUGAGACGUUACCAAGUUCCUCGUCACUAUCGCCAUCGUGGCCAAACCGUCAGUUCUCCCAUGGUGCCGUGCAUGCGACGUGACACAAUAUCACUGCCCUGCUCUUAUAAUGCACACAGCCGUGAUUUACAACUCAAGUCAAAAUCUUGGCCAUGUUGUUUUCAACAGCUGGGUGGUCUAACACAAGGCUGUGUGCGCGAUACACGCAGUGCAGUGACAUCACGUGACACGCAAGGCAUGAUGGGACUGACUGGUAGUCCUCUGGUCACAAUCGCCCCUUUCGCAUGUAUCCCUUGUUCAUGUCUCUCACCUCUCGCGAAUCUGUACCCGUCUGUUUACGGAUUAAUCAUCUCAUCUCUCGUUCAUCUCUCACCUCAUCUCAUCUGAAUCUACGUCUUGGUGAGCCAUAUCUCUCUGCGGGACAUAGAUCUUGGGGCCACUACCAUGAGCCAUUGCAGGCCACCAUCUGACCUCUGGGGCUUCCAUUUAAAGAAGCAGGUAUUCAGUAGGUUCGUGUGAUGCUCGCAGCCAUGAGAGACCACUCCAUACACCAUAAUGUAACAAUAAAGAACAGAUUCUGAAAUCUAAUUGUCAUCCUGAAUUGCAACAAUUCAUCAAAUUGUUACGGGCAAGGGAGGUGACGGAGAGAAUCAUCAUGCCUCUAACUGGCAGUCCACGAGGGCUGGAUCGCGAAACACGCCAUGUUUCUGGGAGACUCAACUGGGACACAUGGUGGUGAGCUGGCAGCCACUCCUCCUUCAUUAACCACGCCCACUCAACCACUACCCUCCUCCCACUCAACCACUAUCCUCCCCUCCCACUCAACCACUACCCUCCUCCCACUCAACCACUAUCCCCCUCCCACUCACACACGGCGGGGACGUUUGGUAGCUGUUGCUUUAUGAAUCCUGAAACGUCUCUCAAGAAGUAUUUUUUUUCUUUUGUCUAGAGUUCCUUUUUUUCCGAAACCAUACACUGGGUAUUGAAGCUUUGUGCAUUAAGAAUCAGAGAACUGCAGAGGCAGGGUCCAGAACGCACGCAUGAGUCCCGCGGCUGAAGAUAUGCAUCGUGAAGUGACUAAUGGGAAUGGAGGUUUUUACUUGACUCGUUUUACAUAUCCGUGAUAUGCUGUGAUUUUACGUGUAAUGUCGUGCACUUGUGAUUGGGCAUCAGGUUUUGAUAAUGUCAUUGUUCUUGUUAAAGAUUUCAAAUAUAAUUAAAAGAGUAAUAAUGAAUAAUAAAAAUAUAAACGUCAA